UGGGGCCCCUCGAGGCCUGAGGGAUUCUCCCCUGACAAGCCUUUGCCACUUUUUCACUCUGGACCCUCACCCAGGACCCAGCUUUCUGCCUGAGCCUGAGCUAGGACUCCCUCCUGGGGACUACCCGGGUUCCUUUGGCUGCAGCCCUACUGCCCACUUUGAGUCUACGAAUCCGAAAAAGCCAGAGGGAGGGAGCUGCCAGCCAGGCACAACCGACAACACUGGAACCAUGACAACCAGCCACCAGCCUCAGGACAGGUAUAAGGCAGUAUGGCUCAUCUUCUUCAUGCUGGGCCUGGGGACAUUGCUCCCCUGGAAUUUUUUCAUGACAGCAACUCAGUAUUUCACAAACCGCCUGGACCUGUACCAGAAUGUGUCCUCAGCCACUGACAAACCAAGCAAGGACACCGAGGCCUUGCCUGCCCCCACAGUGACCUUGCCAGAGCGAAGUCCUCUCAGUGCCAUCUUCAGCAAUGUCAUGACUUUGUGUGCCAUGUUGCCCCUGCUGCUCUUCACCUGCCUCAACUCUUUUCUGCAUCAGAGGAUCUCUCAGUCUGUUCGGAUCCUGGGCAGCCUGGUGGCCAUCCUGCUGGUGUUCCUCAUCACUGCCAUCUUGGUGAAAGUGGAGGUGGAUGCCCUGACUUUCUUCAUCAUCACCAUGAUCAAGAUCGUGCUCAUUAACUCAUUUGGUGCCGUUUUGCAAGCCAGCCUCUUUGGUCUGGCUGGCGUCCUGCCUGCCAACUACACAGCCCCCAUCAUGAGUGGCCAGGGCCUGGCUGGCUUCUUCACCUCUGUGGCCAUGAUCUGUGCCAUUGCCAGUGGCUCCAAGCUGUCAGAAAGUGCCUUUGGCUAUUUUAUCACAGCCUGUGUAUUUGUCAUCUUGGCCAUAGUGUGUUACCUGGCUCUGCCUCGGCUGGAAUUCUAUCGGUAUUACCUACAGCUGAACCUUGAGGGGCCCUCUGACCAGGAGACCAAGUUGGAUCUUAUCAGUAAAGCAGGAGAGGAACCAAGAGGAGGAAGAGAGGAAUCCGGGGUACCAGCUCGCAGCUCUCCACCCAGCAGCAAAAACCACUCUAUCAAGGCUAUACUUAAGAAUAUCUCAGUCCUGGCUUUGUCCGUCUGCUUCAUUUUCACUGUCACCAUUGGGUUGUUCCCUGCUGUGACUACUGAGGUUGAAUCCAGCAUUGCCGGCACCAGUGCCUGGAAGAGCUACUACUUCAUUCCUGUGGCUUGUUUCUUAAAUUUCAAUGUCUUUGACUGGCUAGGCCGGAGUCUCACAGCUAUUUGCAUGUGGAUGCCUGAGGAGGUGCACCAUGGCGAGGAAGAGGUGGAGACCUUUGCCUUCCAGGCAGAAAUCGCCCAGCUCAUGUCCUUGAUCAUAAAUACUUUCUACUCAAACAAGGAGAUUUUCCUUCGAGAAUUGAUCUCCAAUGCUUCUGAUGCCUUGGACAAGAUUCGCUAUGAGAGCCUGACAGACCCUUCCAAAUUGGACAGCGGCAAAGAGCUGAAGAUUGACAUCAUCCCCAACCCUCAGGAGCGCACGCUGACUUUGGUGGACACGGGCAUUGGCAUGACCAAAGCUGAUCUCAUAAAUAACUUGGGAACCAUUGCUAAGUCUGGCACAAAGGCUUUCAUGGAGGCUCUCCAGGCUGGUGCAGACAUAUCCAUGAUUGGGCAGUUUGGUGUUGGAUUCUACUCUGCCUAUCUCGUGGCAGAGAAAGUGGUUGUGAUCACAAAGCACAAUGAUGACGAGCAGUAUGCUUGGGAGUCCUCUGCUGGUGGAUCCUUCACAGUGCGUGCAGACCAUGGUGAGCCCAUUGGCCGGGGUACCAAAGUCAUCCUUCAUCUCAAAGAAGACCAGACAGAGUACUUAGAGGAGAGGAGGGUCAAGGAAGUGGUGAAGAAACACUCGCAGUUCAUAGGCUAUCCCAUCACCCUCUAUUUGGAGAAGGAACGAGAGAAGGAGAUCAGUGAUGAUGAGGCAGAAGAAGAGAAGGGUGAGAAAGAGGAAGAAGAUAAGGAUGAUGAGGAAAAGCCAAAGAUUGAAGAUGUAGGAUCAGAUGAGGAGGAUGACAGUGGCAAAGAUAAGAAAAAGAAAACGAAGAAGAUUAAGGAGAAAUACAUUGAUCAGGAAGAGUUGAAUAAGACUAAGCCCAUUUGGACCAGAAACCCUGAUGACAUCACUCAAGAAGAAUAUGGUGAUUUCUAUAAGAGCCUCACCAAUGAUUGGGAGGACCACUUGGCAGUCAAGCACUUCUCUGUAGAGGGUCAGUUGGAAUUCAGAGCAUUGCUCUUCAUUCCUCGGCGAGCUCCCUUUGACCUUUUUGAGAACAAGAAGAAGAAGAACAAUAUCAAACUGUACGUCCGUCGUGUGUUCAUCAUGGACAGCUGUGAUGAGCUGAUCCCCGAGUACCUCAACUUUAUCCGUGGCGUGGUGGACUCUGAGGACCUGCCCCUGAACAUCUCUCGAGAAAUGCUCCAACAGAGCAAGAUCCUGAAAGUUAUCCGUAAAAACAUUGUGAAGAAGUGCCUUGAGCUCUUCUCUGAGCUGGCUGAAGACAAAGAGAACUAUAAGAAAUUCUACGAGGCCUUCUCCAAGAACUUAAAGCUUGGAAUCCAUGAAGAUUCCACUAACCGUCGGCGUCUCUCUGAGCUGCUGCGCUAUCAUACCUCUCAGUCUGGAGAUGAGAUGACUUCCCUGUCAGAAUAUGUGUCCCGCAUGAAGGAGACACAGAAGUCCAUCUAUUACAUCACUGGUGAGAGCAAAGAGCAGGUAGCCAACUCUGCCUUUGUGGAGCGUGUGCCGAAGCGAGGCUUUGAAGCGGUGUACAUGACUGAGCCUAUUGAUGAGUACUGCGUGCAACAGCUCAAGGAGUUUGAUGGAAAGAGUCUGGUCUCAGUGACUAAGGAAGGCCUGGAGCUGCCAGAAGAUGAGGAAGAGAAGAAGAAAAUGGAGGAGAGCAAGGCAAAAUUUGAGAAUCUCUGCAAGCUCAUGAAGGAGAUCUUGGAUAAGAAGGUUGAGAAGGUGACCAUCUCCAAUAGGCUAGUGUCUUCACCCUGCUGCAUUGUGACAAGCACCUAUGGCUGGACAGCCAACAUGGAGCGGAUCAUGAAGGCCCAGGCACUCAGAGACAACUCUACCAUGGGCUACAUGAUGGCCAAAAAGCACCUAGAGAUCAACCCUGACCACCCCAUCGUGGAGACUCUGAGGCAGAAGGCUGAGGCAGAUAAAAACGACAAAGCUGUCAAGGAUCUGGUGGUGCUGCUGUUUGAGACUGCUCUGCUCUCCUCUGGUUUCUCACUUGAGGAUCCCCAAACCCACUCCAACCGCAUCUACCGCAUGAUCAAACUAGGCCUGGGUAUCGAUGAAGAUGAGGUGACAGCAGAGGAGCCCAGUGCUGCUGUUCCUGAUGAGAUCCCCCCACUCGAGGGUGAUGAGGAUGCCUCCCGCAUGGAAGAAGUAGAUUAGAGAUCCCCUGGGAAGACCAUGUCCUCUGUAUAGUUUCCCUGAGCCCCACCCCCCAUGCCUUGGCUGGCCCCAACCUACCUGGCUCUCUGUUCAAGCUAGAGGAUCUCUUUAUCCUGUCCUUGUGCCUUAAGGCAGGAAAGUCCCCUCCCACAGAAUAGCAGGGUUGGGUAUUGUGUAUUGUGGUUUUGUUUGUUUUAUUUUGUUCUGAAAUUAAAAGUAUGUGAAAAUAAAGAAAAUGCAGUUUCA